AUGAAAAAAACAAAUCAACAAACAACCAUCUUGCUAUUGGGCAUACUGCUCAUUGUAGUACUUUCCAUCUCUUCCUCUGAAUCUGUUUCUCUCCAACCAAAUCAACCUACAGCUAGCUCAUCAUUCCUCAAUGUAAAGAAGGAAGAUUUCAAGGAGGACACUUUAGCUGUCAAGGAUCAAAUUCAAAACUAUGUCAAUAAGAAAAAGUUUUAUAUUGAUAAACAAGUCCAAAAAGUCAAUCAUGAUAUCCAAGAAACAGUUGAAAGGAAUGUUGAGGAAGCUGUCGAGGCAACAAAUACAAAAGCUCAGACAGAAGUCGAUAGAAUUGAAAACUUGGUAAGGGAUAAACAAAAAAUCACUGAACAAAUGUUGAAAGACAAGAUCAACCAGUUCAGAAACAAUUCCAAACAAUCAGUCAACCAAGCAAUCCAGAAAAUUAAGGAAAAUAUAACCUCAAGAUAUUCCAAAUUCAAACAGAACAUGGCACAGAGUGUCAAGUCAACAAUUUCCUCAAUGAAAGAUUUUACAUCAUCCAAUUCCAAACUCAUUCAAUCAACAAUUGAUAUAGCAGCAAAGGAAGGAAUCAAUUCUUUGAAAAAUCAAGUCAAUGAACAACUCAAAAAGGUAAUGCCUUGA